AUGAAGUGGAAAGUUGUGUGGUUGUGUUUCCUUGCUUGUUCUGUUUCCAGUGUUAUUGAUGUCCAAGCCGAGUCGGUUUACAAGAGAACAUGUAGCACAUGGGGCAGGGAGCACUUCAAGACGUUUGAUGGUGAUGUGUACCAGUUUCCUGGUAUGUGUGAGUACAAGCUGGUCAAAACCUGCAAGAAUUCAGAGAAUUCCCAGACGUUCUCAAUGGACAUAAAGAGGAAGGAGAAUCCUGGAAACUCUACAAUACGUUUUGUGGUUGUAAAAAUUAAUAGUUAUUUGUACAACAUCAGCAAGGAUUUGGUCACUCUGGAUGAGCACAGUAUUCAACUUCCAUACUACCAGGCCGGGGUACAGUUGGAAAAAACUGAGUUUUACUUAAAGCUUUACUCCCAAGUUGGUAUCACUGUCAUGUGGUACAAUGAUGAUGCAGUCAUGGUGGAAAUUGAUGAUGAAUAUGCUAAUCGCACUUGUGGACUUUGUGGUGAUUUCAAUGGCAAUUCAGACCUCCGUGAUCAAGGUGAAUACUUCUGCAAAGACUUCUUUAAAAAUGAAUCCUGGAGCUCCUGCAUUCCUCUGAUUGACCCUGAGCCUUACAUUCAGGCUUGUGUGAAAGAUAUGUGUCACUGUAGUAAUUUAAAUGGCUCCUGUGUCUGCAGCACACUCUCUGAGUUCUCUCGACAGUGCUCCCAUGCUGGAGGAAUACCUCCCAACUGGAGGACUCCUAAGUUGUGUGCUAAACAUUGUCCUCCCACCAUGGUAUAUGAUGAGAAUGGGUCUCCUUGCAUCAAUACCUGCAGAUUCCCAGACACAAGUUUAGUUUGUGAAGAUCACAAUAUAGAUGGCUGCUUCUGUCCUCCUGGAACUGUGCUUGAUGAUGUUUCCACGGGAAAGUGUAUUCCUCUUUCUGACUGUCCGUGCAAACGUGACAAAGUCUAUAAGUUCAAUGAGGUUUACCAAAAGGGGGGAGAAAACUGUACAUGCAUUGCAGGUAAAUGGUCUUGUGAGAGUCUUCAGAUGCAUGCUACAUGUUCAGUUGAAGAGGGUUCAUACAUAACCACCUUUGAUGGGAAAGACUUCACCUUCCAUGGAGACUGUGACUACAUUCUGGCUAAAGAUUAUUUGAGUCCAAAUGUUACCAUUCUGGUCCAUUUGACACAAUGUUCACGUCAACAAUACGACACUUGUCUCAAGAGUUUGAAAAUUCAGCUGAACAGUGACAAAAACAAUGCCAUAAUUUUCACGUCUGAAGGCAGAGUGAAGAUGAAGAAUGGACAGGAGGUCACUUUGCCUUAUUACACAGGAGACAUCAGUAUAUUCCAUGCUUCAUCCUUUCACAUCAUGCUCCAGACAAGCUUUGGUUUACAACUUCAGAUCCAGCAUGUGCCUCUGAUGCAAGUCUAUGUCAGUCUGGAGCAGAGCUACAGAGAAAAGACACGUGGUUUAUGUGGGAAUUACAACAUGAUCCAAUCUGAUGACAUGAAGACUCGUCAGGGGAUGGUGGAGGGAGAAGAAGGAAGUUUUAGUAAUUCUUGGAAAACUGACUAUUCGUGCAAAGAUGGACGAGGACGACUUGAUGACCCUUGCUCUCUUAGGACGGAAAAUGAAAAGUAUGCCAAACACUGGUGCCCCUUCCUACAAAAUCCAAAUAAAACCUUUGCACGGUGCCAUUCCGUGAUGGAUGCUGAGAUUUACUACAAGCGAUGUAUUUAUGCUAGCUGUAACUGUGAGAAGAGCGAGGACUGCCUGUGUGCUGUCUUCUCCUCCUUUGCAAGAGCUUGUGCAUCAAAGGGAGUGUUCUUGACAGGCUGGAGAAAGGAUGUGUGCAACAAAUACACCAAGAACUGCCCAGAAUCUCAGACCUUCUCUUACAAACAUCAGAGAUGUCAGCUGACUUGCAGAUCACUGAGCUCAAAGGAGCAGAACUGCACCUCUGACUUCUUGCCUGUGGGUGGCUGUUCCUGCGAUGAAGAUCACUAUCUAAAUGACAAUGACAUCUGUGUCCCCAAAGCAAAGUGUCCCUGUUACCAUAAUGACGAAACCAUUGAAUCAGGGAAGACCAUUAACAUCAAAGAUGACUACUGGUGA